UGCAUAUAAGGAUCUUUUUCACGAGGAUUUCAGUUUCGUCAUGCAACAAAAAUUGUCUUUGCCAGAUUAUUCAUGUGAUUUCUGCUCCAAUAUGAUUACUACAUCUUUAACAUCAACAGGUACGUUUAUGAUUCUCUUUAUUGACGAUGCAGACCUGAACCCUCCAAUGCAACUGCAAAUGAUUCCCCAAUCAUAUACAGUUGUACAUGAUGAUAAAAAUAUACAGUACAAACUUGCUGGCAUCGUUCACUUUAAGAUACCAUAUAUUCCUUCGCCGAGGCAGUCAAAAAGAGGAAAAGCUUCUGUAAAAAAAACAGUAAGCAACAUGCAAGAGUUUCUUACAAAAAAUCUAAGAAAAUCGGUAGAUGAAAAUGAUGAAACUCCAGUAGGACACUACACGGCAAUCUGUCUUCGACAAGGAAAUAAAUGGACAGAAUAUAAUGACCAAAAACUCAAAGAAAACCAACGAUCAAGUACCUUCCCAUGCUGCCCAAGUAUGCUAAUUUUUCAACAAUUAGAAUAAGUUUUAACAGAAAAAGAUAUCCAAAGUCAAAUAUAUGUUAUAUAAUAUAUUUU